CUAGCCGGGUCAAAGCGGGCCGGCCUUUUGGUGAUGAAUCGACAGGCGCUGCAUCGAAAUGAAAACCCCGAAGCCUCCUUCGUCAUUUGCCGAAAGAGGUGGCCGGGGGAUCGAUUACCUCGAGAAGGAUGGAGAAUAGUCGAAGUCCCAAGCUGAAGAUCGGCAUCAUCCAUCCCGAUCUCGGAAUCGGUGGGGCUGAAAGGUUGAUUGUUGAUGCGGCAGUUGAACUUGCAUCCCGUGGACACAAAGUUCAUGUUUUCACAGCACAUCAUGACAAAAAUCGGUGUUUUGAGGAGACUGUUGCUGGUCCUUUUCCAGUUACAGUAUAUGGUGGCUUCCUACCUCGCCAUAUUUUCUACCAUUUUCAUGCUGUAUGUGCAUAUCUUCGUUGUAUGUUUGUUGCCCUCUGUGUCCUUUUCUUGUGGCCCUCAUUCGACAUUAUAUUGGCAGACCAAGUUUCUGUUGUCAUUCCCCUGAUGAAAAUAAGAAGGUCAAUGAAGAUAAUAUUCUACUGCCAUUUUCCGGAUUUGGUGCUUGCACAACAUACAACUGCACUUCGGAGGACAUACCGCAAACCAGUUGACAUGAUUGAGGAGGCAACUACUGGUAUGGCAGAUGUGAUUCUAGUGAACAGCAGAUUCACUGCAUUGACAUUUGCCUCCACAUUCCAGAGGCUUCAUUUAAGAGGAAUUCAACCUGCAAUUCUUUAUCCUGCAGUCAAUGUGGAACAGUUUGAUGGACCUUGCAAUUAUAAGUUAAAUUUCCUUUCGAUUAACCGUUUUGAAAGAAAAAAGAACCUCCAGUUGGCAAUCUCAGCAUUUGCAUUGCUUCAUUCCUUUGAGAGUACCCUUCCCGAUAAUAGUUUGUCCGAGGCUACCUUGACAAUAGCAGGUGGCUUUGAUAAACGCCUCAAGGAAAAUGUUGAGUACCUAGAGGAACUUAAAAGGUUGGCAGAAAAUGAAGGAGUGUUGGAACGGGUUAGAUUUAUCACAUCCUGCUCAACAGCAGAAAGAAAUGCACUUCUCUCCCAAUGUAUAUGUGUGUUGUAUACCCCAAAGGAUGAACACUUUGGCAUUGUCCCACUGGAAGCAAUGGCAGCACAGAAGCCUGUAAUUGCAUGCAACAGCGGGGGGCCUGUAGAGACAAUUAAACAUGGAGUUACUGGUUUUCUCUGCGAUCCCACCCCUCUGAAAUUCUCACAGGCUAUGUCCAUGCUUGUAAGUGAUCCUGACAUGGCAGUAAGGAUGGGUAAGGAGGCGCGGAGCCAUGUCAAACAGAAGUUCUCUACCAAGACCUUUGGAGAACAGCUAAACCAUUACGUCCUUGAUGCUUUCCAUCAGAGAAUAGAGUAAGCAAGAAUUGUAAUACCAUUCGGAAACGGAACCAUCGAUAGUUUGAACUCAGUUUUGCUUCAUUGAAGAUGGUCCAGUUUGGUGCAACUACUUUGUCACCCUAAUUUUACAAGUGUUACAUUCUUGAGAUCCAAUUUAUACCAUUCUAAUGCUGAUAUUUUCUUUGGGUCUAUGAUUUCUGAAGAUAUAAGAACGUAGUAAACAAUCAUCAUUGAUAUGAACAUUGCAUCCCUUCAGAAAGUGAUAUACGAACAUCAUAUUCUCGCUUA